GGCACGUACUUUAUCUGAGUUGUAUAAUUAAAAUAAAUCUUAAAUAAAUAAUGAAAACCAUUUACUCGGGUACAAUUAAAUAUUCAGAUCAAAAACUUGAAUGGAACAUAAAAAAACCAAAUUUUGCGUCGAUUUUGCGAAUUUUUUGUAAGCGUGUACAGUUAUCUGCACAUUCAGUGCCCAUUCAGUCGAUAGCGAUCUAUUGUGAAGAUUUUAGUCGAUUGCGGUCGGAAGCAGGUUGGCCACCCCUGCAAUAGGAUAUGGCCAGAUGCGGGACCUUCGGAGUUAACAGAGCUUUUGUUUUGUCAGUGGGUAAAGCCACCAAGCCUAUUCGGCACGCUUGCAGAUUAUUUGUACAAAACUGCAUAAUUCACAGAUCAGCAUAUGGCACUGUGUUGUAGAGCUAAGAGCUGAAACCGACUCGACCCGAAUUUUGGGUAGGAUCGGGCCUGAAAUAUCAAGUUGGCGUCGGGUCAGCCUUCUCUAUCGCUGACUUUUUUUUAAAUAAAUAUAUGUUUAUAAAAAAUAUAUACUAAAAUUAUGUGUGGAUACUAAACUAAAGAAUACUUGUUAUAGAAGAAAUAAUUUGAAUAAAACAGAAAAGAAGCUGUAAUGGACCUUUCCCCGAUCUUUGACCCCUGAAAAUAUUCUUCCUAUACUUUACCAUUGCAAAAUUUUUGCGGCUUAUUUUAAGAAUUUCGGAUUUGCUUCGGGCUCGGGCCUGCAAAUCCAGUUAAUUAGUCCGGCUCUGUGGUUGGGUCGGGUUUAAUACCCACGGGGUCUGGCUGGAAUUUUUUGGCCCGAUCUCACCUCUACUGUGAUGCUACAUAGGUUUUAUAAAUUUGUCUUCAGACAAGGCUUCAAGCAAAUACCAUAUGCUCUGAUUUUUACAGAGCUUAAUUUUUUAAUAGAACUUUGAUCUUUAUGGUUCCAAAUAACUUUUAUUUAACUCUCAAUUGAGUGCUGUGGUAGUGCUUGAACCCAAGAUUUUCAUACUUAAAUUUCAGUUAGAGUGUUUUUUGAAAGUUUUUGAACUUCUGAUCCAAGUUAGUUACGGUUACUGCAUAUAAUUUUUAUUUUUAUCUUACAUUAUAUAGCAAUUCUAUCCUACACCUAUAUAUUUUCUGCAAUAGCAAUAAUUUAUUUCUGAUUUUAUUCCCUUUCAUCAUGUUCAACACAAAUAAAAUAAUAUUUUAUGUAAGUUACAAAAUAUACAAUUCUUACCAAAAUAAUGUAGGACCAGUCGUGCCCCACAAGGGUUAGAUAAUUUUUUGAGUUUUGUUUGCUAUAUUUGCGGUUUAUUUAGUCUUAAUUUGUUUGUAUUGGUUCAGUGGAUUACUUGAAACUUUAGCUAAAAUAAGUUUAAAAAAAUAAUCAAAUUGCCCUGUGCUCAUAAGAUUUCUGCCUGGUGAUAAACUUCACUAACUGUCGAGUAUCUUCAUGUUAUAUGGCCAGAUAAUUUAAUCCACUACUGUGACUGUUCUAUUACAGAUUCUAAAUAGGUUUUACAUGCUCUGCAAACAUGAAUUGUAAUUUCAAAGGUAAAAUUGUUCUUAUAACUGUAGCAUCGAGUGGGAUUGGUGCUGCAACUGCACUUCGAUUUGCGGAUCAUGGCAGUUCAUUGGCUAUCACUGGUAGAAAUCGAAUAAAUUUAGAAAAAGUUGCUAAAGAGUGCAAAUCUAAGGGAGCCAAGGAUGUUUUGACAAUUAUUGCUGAUUUUGUUAAUCUGGAGGAGAUAAAAAAAGUCGCGGAUGAAACGAUAAAAACGUUUGGGAAAUUGGAUAUUUUAGUCAACAAUGCAGGAGUGGUAACAGUCGGAAAUUUAGAGGAACUGACUAUGGAAGAUUUCGAUUGGCAAUUUCAAGUCAAUGUUAAGUCGAUGGUAUAUUUAACACAACUAUUGAUGCCAGAAUUGGUAAAAACAAAAGGAAAUAUUGUCAAUGUUUCAAGCAUUUGUAGUGUUUGUCAAUAUCCGGGAAUUUUGAUUUAUAAUAUGACAAAGUCUGCUGUUGAUCAAUUUACAAAAACCAUAGCAUUAGAAUAUGCUCCAAGAGGAGUGCGGGUGAAUGCCGUCAAUCCUUCUAGUGUGCAGACUGAACUAUACAGGUACAAAUCUGAUUGGAACUCGGAAACAAAGGAAAAAGUCUAUGAAGACAAAGAGAAGUUGCAUCCGAUCGGAAGAAAUGGAACAGCUGAAGAAGUAGCCAAUGCCAUCUUGUUCUUUGCAUCGGAAAGUUCUGCCUGGACAACAGGGCAAUGCUUAUUGCUCGAUGGCGGAAGACGUUUAGCUGUUAAAUAAGAUGCACAUGAACUGUUUUAAAUUCAUGUCAAUCAGCAUUUACUGGCUUAUUAUAAUGCAAUAAUUCUAUACAAUUUCAGAAGAUCUUUGCAAUUCAGCAAUCACUCAUAAUUUUCUCAGGGAUUGUCUUCUUUUUUUAUGUUGGGUCUUUGUUUUGAGCAGCUUUUUUCAGCAAGUAUUUUGGCAUAUUACACCCCUAGUAUUGUUUAUACCUCAUUAGAUCUUGGCAAUUCAACAGUAGCCCAGAACUUUUCUCAGAGAUGAGUCUUUUUACUCCUGCAUUGGGGCACUUGUCAUGGUUUGAGAAAAAAUAUUUUUGUUGUAACGUUUUUUGUGCCUUAUAUCAGGUUGGCUCACAUAUAAACAUAUUUAACUAUCAUUACUUAUGGAUCUUUAGAUCGGUAAGUAUGUUGAUAGGUAUUCGUCUGUUUGUCUGUUAGAUGCACGCGAUAUCUCACGAAGGCGUUGUUGAAUCUGCUCCA